CUGCAGCUCUCUCGGGCCUGAUCAUGUCGAUCUCCUUGUCUCGCUUCUCUGAUGCGUUUCUACAUUGUGGGUCCAUGUGAAGUUACGCGGUGUGUCUGUUGUUUGGUUUAGUAAUGCUGUCAACGACGUUAGCGGGUUUCAAUGUGUGGAGAGAUGAGUUUUUCGUUUUUUUAUUUUUAUUUUUAUUUUUGUCCUUAAAGAAUUGGUUGAUAAGUACUGGUAUGUGUCGAUUACGAAUGUGAUGACCAGUCUUAAUGAUGAGCUAGGGUAUAUAAAUUCAUGUCUUGUUCCAGAGUUGGUGCGUUGUGAAGAGCGCAAUGCAGUUUUUCGGUAGGCUCUUGUCUUCGAAUUACGAAAUCUUAGGACCUGGAAGCAAUUUUUCCAAUGUAUCUCUGAAGUGUUUCAGAGAUUAGAUUAAUGAUCUGGGGUUUGAAGUCUCCCGUUCGCGACUACGGUCCACACUGCGUGGUAUCUUAAAUUCUAGCAACUAUCCAACUACUGACUGCAUGCUUCGGUAUGUAUAGUAACUUGUUCAGUACUCAACCUCGACGUUAGAAACCUUAUAUUCUGUAUCAGGCUCGAUUUCUUCCCAAGUGAUCCUCUGUGAAUUUUGCUGAAGGUCUGAAAGGUUUUGUUUAGUCGUUACCCUGCGGCAACUCCAUUUCUAUCUUUCUUUUCGUCACGCUGCUGUAAGUCUCAACACGUCUGCGGUGGUACAUCCGCAACUGCUCUCCAAGAAAUAUUGUUCUCGUUCAUUUUAACCAGAGAGUUGUGAUCCACAUGAAGCUAUCUAGUACUGUAUCUGUGCUGAGUCCAGACAGGAUUUAUGGACCCAGCGCGGAAUUUCCGACCCCUGUGAUCCCGGGGUGCCCAGAUUCCAUUUAUUAGCCAUAUUAAGUUUGAUUCAGAUUAUGUUCUUUGAGACGAAUCCAGAUUCCAGACUCCAAACUCAAGAAAGCGUUUCGUUCCAAAUAAUUCGAAUAGAAACUUCAUUUCCGAGCGGCACCUUUGCUGCAACUUGCGGAUCUCUAUUAUCUAGAUGACAUGACAGGAUCUCAAAUUUAUCAGGGAUUUCUGACUUGCAGUUGACACCGUUAAGAUCUAGUUCGAGCAAUUUGUAAACCUACCUCGUGCAUUCGGUCCUUACAGUGCAGUAUUUUAAGAAAUAGCGGUGCACUUUGUCGAAGCACUGGCGGGGAAAUCCUAGACUGAUCUUCGCUUAGCUGGAACGUUACGGUGCAUCAGUAUUAGCUGUGGCACUUCUACGGUAAGGCGAGUGCAUGUGUUCUGUUCAAGUGGGCGAGGAUUUGAUAGGCCUGUGGCUCAUGUUUGCAUUAGGUCUGAUUUUUUCCUUGUAAGGCAACGAAAGACUCUGGUAUGAUUGAAAUCUCAAAAGGAAGAGUCGUUACUAUCUUCCAAUGUCUACUUGAGUCUCCCACAGAACCCAGAGUUGUGAGUGUGACCAUAUGCUAAGCUCUGGCACCAGCCUCACUACCGGUACAUAGUUUUUAGGAUCUUGUUUCGACUGAUAGUAAUGCCUUUUCCAUUGCGUAGCCGUAAGAGUAGCUUCCUCUCUUUGGGGUUGUCCCCUUUAAGUUAUAUUACUAGAGCUCGUGUGAACGAUUGGGUGCUAAGCAUCCGCGCAUGGAAGCGUUAGACUAUUGUUUCCUCCGACCUUAAGAUGACAUUUCAUGUGUCCCUGGUAUGCGGAUGAUGAAUCUCUAGACAAAGUUUCUUAGAUUCCAUUCGGGAACUUUUCAACUGUUCCAAGAUCAUAAUCAAUCUGUAUUUCUGCAGCCUAAAACUCAUUAUUGGUCGUCUAUCCUGUAACUUUCUCUCGGAAGGAUGUAGGCGUUACUUGCUAUGCAAUGGUCUCCGGCCUCGGUGCCAUGUGCAUAUCCCACACCAUCGUGAACGGUUUUAAAAGAGAGUCAAGCUCUGCUGGCGCACUUGAAAGGUGUCUUAAAGAUUCGAGGUGUAGAGAACAGCCGUUACUCAUUCAUACUUAUCUGCUUAGUCUUUUGGUGAUUAAGUUGUCAAGGAGAUUAAAUCCCUGCCGAAGUUUCUGCAUCGUUGGUGCUGCCGUACAGAGCCUGGGAUGAACAGAAGGCAGAUCAGACCUGCAUAUGCUUGUGCUGUAUAACUUAAAACGUGUAGCUUCCAGGAAAAUUCCCAUGGAGUGAUGUGGAACCAUCACUUGCUGAGUCACUCCACAGUUGUUCAGAAAUCAGACCCUCUACUGACACGAGAUUCAAAUUGUAAGUGUAAUGGUAACAGUUCAGUUGUCUGAGCCCUGUCGUAUUGUCGUACAGGCGCAUACUACUGCGGCACUUACCACCCCUAAAGUUUCUGUGUGCAACAGAACCAGUCAUGUUAGAAUCUUUUAGUGUGUCAACAGUGGUCAUGCAGCGGUUGCGAUGGAGAGAUGAACGAGGGUGGACGUGGAGUUGACGCCGAUGGAUAUAAUUUUAUUCGAUUGAGUUUGUUCCAGAGGUUUCUCUCAAUCACCGAAUCGUUCAGGUGCUGCCCUGAGGGUAGCAGUCCCCGUCUGCGGAAUGCAGUUGCAGCAGCUUAUGGCAGUAAUUAGUGGGUAUAUAUGUAAAAUGGGAUAUGUAAUCGACUUAUGAAAACCUGAUAGCAUCAUAAGAAUGCUGUCUUCAUGCCUGUAAUCUUUCAUGUCAAAGAACAGAUGCCGGUGAAGCGAGUUGCAGAAGUUUUUUCGGCGUACUGUCUUCUAUCGAAGAGCGCUCAUGCCAACCUCUAAUGCAGCAGGUUCAUAAAUUUCUAGGUUCUACCAAUUGGAUCCCACUUCCCAAAGUGGAAGCGAAAUUGUGGUCGGAAAAAGUGCCAGUAAAAAGUGAUACUCAUUAACGCCCAUGUCACACAUGUGAAGUUGAUCACAGGUUCCGGUCCUAGAUUCUUGUGAGGCUGUACCUCCAGGUCAGUUGAGAUAUAAUCUUUGAUGAGCAAUCAGACUCCACAAGGUUCACGAAGCUUUCUUCAGGAUAUUUUUAGGGAAAACAGUAAGCCAAAACUUGGAUUUCUACAUUGCAAAUGAGUCAAAUGUGUGUUUUGGUUGUAGUCGCUCACCCAUCGGAACCGGGUGCGGAUUUUCCCGUCCACCUUCAUCGGGAAGUUGGUCGGAAUUUCCUGUCUAAUCAGCACGAGACUUGUCGUAAAAAAUCUUUAUUUACUUGAUGUGUGAUACGCCACUUAUACUAUUAUUAAAUGGUAAGCUCGCGAGGUUAGUGUAACUCUCAAAUAGCUUCUUCUCUGACUUACCUACCCAGCGCUAGCGGGUGGAAAUUGUAUGCAGUCUCCUUGUCUGUAACCUACGAUCCCAUGAAUGGAGGGAUAAACUCUAUGGAGACUACUUUGUCGGUUUAAGGGUAUAGUGAAAUGUUUCAAUGGUUUUUGGAAAUUCUAGCAUGAUGAUAAGCAAAGCUGUUAGCUACUACGAUGUGUCUCCAGCUGACUUAUUCCUUUCCCCAUGGGCUGAGGAAAUCGUGGACUGAGUUUCUCGUUGUCCCGUUUUUUUGCUGUUCGUUUGCACCUGUGCACGGUACCCGAGAGGGAUUUGUUGCUUUCGAAGUGAAGACUCUUUCACUCUUGGAUUCAUCACAGUAGCUAUUCUGUUAGUCCUGCCGCCCAGUCGUUCGUAUGAGACUUUGCGAGGGUUUAUGUGUCAUGUGCUGAUAUGUUGUUGCGGUGGGUUGGUACUGACAGAUACUAGUGUAAGAGUAGCAAUCACGACAAGAUGAAUCAACUAGCUGCCAGAGUUCCAGUAGGCUUUAGGUUCCACCCCAUGGACGAAGAAUUGGUGGGAUAUUAUCUUCCGAAGAAGGUCGGUGAUAGGAAGAUUGACCUUGAUCUCAUCCAAGACGUGGAUCUUUACAAACUUGAGCCAUGGGAUCUUCACGAGUUCUGCAAGAUCAAGAACGAUCCAAAUGAGAAGCAAACAGACUACUACUUCUUCAGCCGCAAGGACAAAAAAUACCCCACCGGCAAUCGAUCCAAUCGUGCCACCCUCAAGGGCUUCUGGAAGGCAACCGGGCGCGACAAGCCCAUUUACACCAAGCUUGGCCAGACCCUGAUCGGCAUGCGCAAGACUCUAGUAUUCUAUCAAGGCCGUGCUCCUCACGGUAUCAAGACCGACUGGAUUAUGCACGAGUUUCGUCUGGACAAUGGACCUGAUCAACCAGCUCAUGACGGCGGCUGGGUGAUCUGCCGAGUGUUCAAAAAGAACAAAAACCAAAAAAUGAAGAUUCAGCACGAGGGGGCCAUUUCUCAUGAAGAACACAUAGGUGCGAUUCUCCCAGAGCCAGUACCCCGCUCUGACAUACCUGCUGGAGGGGGUCUAUUAGAAAGGUCACACCAUGGAGUCAAGCAAGAGAUCGUAAACCUCGAUGAUUAUCAGCCCCAGUCUAACCAGCGGGAGUUUGGGUUGUCCUUCAACAAGGACGAUUCUAUCCAUCGUGCAAUAAAACUCAUGAAACCAGACGCAGCCAACAUCAACAGAUUCUCGAGUAACAACGAUUCUAACACAGGGUUGUGGCAAAUCCGUCACCCUCAGACUUCAAGCAGCAGUGACGCCACAGAGCCGAACGAUUAUGAAACGAUCGGGGGAACCUUGUACAAUAUCGACUGGAGCGCUUGGUUACAGGACCCAGUGCAACCAGGACAAGGACCAGAAGUUUUGUUGCGGUGCCCUUCAACAACGAAGAUUAGUUCCGACGACGUCACCAGCCCUCUCCUCCAACUGAAACGACAGAACUCGGACAACUUCUCCUCGCUCUGUUUCUGGAACGACACCAAAGACUUUCAACAGAUGUAAACGUCAAUAACAUCGGAGAUUGAUAUCUCAGUUAAAUGGCAGCGGUACGAACUCAAUGUUCAAUGGCGACUCUCACAUCAACUGCCGCAACACACAUGACGACCAUCGCGCAUCCCUGAGAGGAUCAUCGAGUUAGAUAAAAGAGAUGCUUCAAUCGAAGAUCCUACGCAGGUCAUCGACUUGUACAGAUGUCCGUCAAGACAGCUUCGAUCGAACAAUGGGGAAGAGCUCUCCAGGCAUCUUUUGCACCGCUCGACAUGAAUUUCCUCCAGGUUGCAAGAAAGUUCUUCAUUGCACAGCAGAUCGAUUCUUGUCUUGCAGUUCAAUGAAAGGCCCGAUCAUCGAUCGCGUCUCCGAAAGUCACGUACAAACAACUGCACGCAUGUCGGGACUCUGAUAGAGAGAGCACAAUUUGAUUGCAUUGAGUCUUUCUCACUGAACACAGGAUUAUACAACAGCUUGAAUGAUUCAAAAGCUUAUAGAUAGAAUGUGAGCGGUCUAUCAGGAUCCAAGUUUUACAGACAGUAAAUUAUGAAGAUCCAAGUGAUGUGAGAAACGAUUCACCACUAGCACAGCUCAUGCUCCUCUGUGAAUAUGUUAGUUCGUAAUUAGGUGUAAUAACAUAUCAUCAGCAUUGUAGUUUCGCUAUAUAACUUUUUCACUGAAACAAAUCUUCUCUUGAAGUCUUCAUUUAUUUA